AUGAAUUUCGACCAGAUUCUUUCUGCGGUGGGGGGGUUCGGCAAAUACCAGAAGAUCUUGUACGUGUGGAUCUGUUUACCCCAGAUCCUUCUCGCCUUCCACAUGAUGGUGAGCAUCUUCACCGGAGCCACGCCGCCGCACCACUGCCGGGAGCAUGCCAACAUGUCCUCCUCCCACCGCGAUAUCCCCAACCUCAUCCUCAUCCCCAACCCCAACCUCAGCCUCAGCAUCCCGGCGGACCCGCAUGCCGACUCCUCCUGCUUCUCCACGGACCUUUUACACCAGGGGAACCGGACUGAGCGCGCACCGUGCGGGCACGGAUGGGUAUACAGCAAAGAGACUUUCCAAAGUACCACAGUCACCGAGUGGGACUUGGUGUGUGAAAGAGCCGGGCUGAACAGCUUCGGCUCCUCUGUCUAUAUGUUUGGCCUGUUGGUGGGAUCCCUGGUGUUUGGAGCCAUGGCUGACAGGUAUGGCCGUCGUUUCGCCCUCCUGUUGUCCCUGGCUCUUCAAACGGUGUUCGGGGUGGCCGUGGCCUUCGCUCCCAACUUCGCCGUCUAUGUGAUCCUGCGUUUUGUAGUGGGGACCACCAUAUCUGGAGUCAUCAUCAACGCCUUCGUACUCGGUACUGAGUGGACAUGUACUCAGAGACGCAUGCUAGCCGGUAUAAUCACUGACUAUGCCUUCGGCCUGGGCUACAUGCUGCUCGCAGGUGUAGCGUACUUGGUUCGAGACUGGAGGAAGCUGCAGCUGGCUAUAUCAGCUCCCGGCUUCCUGCUCGUCUUCUAUAUAUGGGUGCUCCCCCAGUCUGCGAGAUGGCUGCUGGCCAACGACCGGCGAGAGGAGGCCAUCGUUCUCCUCCGCAAGGCGGCGGUGGUCAACGGCCGUGUCUUACCUCCCACCGUGCAGGUUGACAGGUGUGAGAUAGCAGGGGGAGGAAAGCAAACUCACUCAGCGGUGGAUCUUGUGCGAACUCCUCAGAUGAGGAAGAGGGCUCUCAUCUUGUUCUACAUCUGGUUCGUGAAUGUCCUGGUAUACUACGGUCUCUCGCUGGGUGUUUCCAGGUUAGGGACGGACCUCUACCUGACCCAGUUUGUGUUCGGGCUGGUCGAGAUCCCCGCCCGUUCUCUGGUCCUCCUCGUCCUGCCCUGCAGUCGCCGUCUGUCCCAGAGUGGCUUUCUCGCCGUGGGAGGGCUCGCCUGUUUGCUUAUGCUCGCCGUCCCUGCUGACUACCCCAACCUCCUGUCUGGUCUAGCCAUGGUAGGGAAGUUUGGCAUAACAGCGUCCUUUGCUGUAAUCUAUGUUUACACUGCUGAGAUAUUCCCCACCGUGCUACGACAAACCGGCAUAGGUGUGUCCUGUAUGUUUGCUAGGAUGGGUGGUGUGUUAGCCCCCAUCAUCAACAUGCUUCACAACCGGAGCCCCUCUACACCCCUGGUCAUCUUUGGUACCUCGCCCCUCCUGGGUGCCGUCCUGGCUCUGGCACUGCCAGAGACCGCUGGCCGGCCUCUCCCUGAUACGCUGGAGGAUGCCGAGAACUGGGACAUCAGGUCACCGUCCAGCAAGGCGAGCACAAAAGUGUGUGAGGACAUCAGCCAAUCACCAAGCAGCACAGAGGGGCAGGAGCUAGAACUUCUAGCACAGUCUUGA